ACAUACUAUCGGUUGCCACGCAUACAAUGAAAUUUUGAUACGACCCGCCAAUCGGAACAUGGAAACGUGUUCCAGAGGUACUUUAUAAAAAGAAAUGCUUGAUUUUCCACGGGAAUCAGUCAACGGUGCGUGUGCCAGGUAAAUUAAUCUUUUUCGGUGGAAAAUGCGGUGUGAUUUUGUGGUAAUUCUGGUCAUUUUGGGGGCUGCUUUUGUGGCUGGACAGAAGGUUGAUCCCAGGGAAGCAAAAUGCCUGAUCUGCAAGGCCACGUUAACAGAAAUGGAUAAGGCCAUCAGUAAAGUAGAUCCACGGAAAAAGGCCGAAGUGGGGAAUUUCCGGAUAGAUGCCACCGGUGAUUCAGGAGCCAAGAGGAUGGUGCCCCUUGUAAAGUCAGAAAUGUACCUGACAGAGCUGAUGGAGGAGAUCUGUGAGAGCAUGGAUGACUACGCCAAGGCGAGAUUCAAGAAAGAUGGUAAAUUCACAAUCCUCAAAUUUAUCACAGAUGAGGGAAUGAAUCCUCUUGUCAGCGAGGUGGACUUUGUCCAGGAUGGUGAUCUCAAUAAGAGCUUAAAGCACUAUUGCCUUGAGGUGCUGGAGGACUACGAAUUGGACAUCCUAAAGAUCUACAUGGCAGAUGAACCAGUCAAGGAUGCCGACUACAAAGUCUGCACGCACGCUGCCAACUACUGCGACGAUCCAGCGCCGCAGGAAGAGUACACGCUUGAGGAGGAUGAUGAGGCGGCGCGAGAGGAGCUUUGAUGGCCAAUGGAAGGUGCCUUAAAGUUUUUUUUGCAGUAUCUGCGGUAUUUUUAUAUUCAACAAUAAAUCUGUUCACAAAAAAAUUGUAAAAAGUAAA